GGCGAUCCCCCGUGUAAGAGUGAGGUGGAGGAGGACAUUCCAGUCCAUGUGACCACAGAAAAUCCCUGUGAGAAGCCUGAAGGAAACAUCAUGUUAUCUCUAGAUUAUAAAGAAGAUGAAGAUACCAGGCAGCGCUCCUCAGAAGAAAACUUAAUUACCUGUACUGUACAUCCAGGACUUCACAAUGCAGAGCCAUCAAAUAAUUCCCCCAAAAUUGAGGAAUUUUCUUAUGACCAAUCACAGAUUAUCAACCCAAGUCCAAAUCUAUCAUAUAAUCACCCUAAACAUGAGGAAUCUUCUACUGAUCAAUCACAGAUUAUUACCCCAAAUAUAGGGCAGAAACAGGGUAAAAGGUUUAAUUGUGAGGAACGUGGAAAACAGUUCAGAUAUAAGUCAGAGCCUUCUGUAAACAUAAGUAGUCACACAGGAGAGAAGCCAUAUUCAUGUUCAGAAUGUGGGAAAUGUUUCAAACACAAAAAAGAUCUUACUACACAUCUCAGAAUUCACACAGGAGAGAAGCCAUAUUCAUGUUCAGAAUGUGGAAAAUGCUUUAACCGAAAAUCAAGCCUUGAUCAACAUAAAGGAAUUCACACAGGAGAGAAGCCAUAUUCAUGUUCAGAAUGUGGGAAAUGCUUUAAACGAAAAUCAAUACUUGAUCAACAUAAAGAAAUCCACACAGGAGAGAAGCGAUAUUCAUGUUCAGAAUGUGGGAAAUGCUUUAACCGAAAAUCAAGCCUUGAUCAACAUAAAGGAAUCCACACAGGAGAGAAGCCGUAUUCAUGUUCAGAAUGUGGGAAAUGUGUUACCAAUAAAUCAAGUCUUGAUUAUCAUAAGAGAAUUCACACAGGAGAGAAGCCAAAUUUAUGUUCAGAGUGUGGGAAAUGUUUUUCAAAAAAAUCAUAUCUGGUUGCUCAUCAGAGAAUUCACACAGGAGAGAAGCCAUAUUCAUGUUCAGAAUGUGGGAAAUGUUUUAACCACAAAUCAAGUCUUGAUCAUCACAAAAGAAUUCACACAGGAGAGAAGCCUUAUUCAUGUUCAGAAUGUCGAAAAUGUUUAAAAAAAAAAACAAAUCUUACUAUACAUCUACGAAUUCACACGAAGGAAAAACCAUUUUCAUGUUCAGAAUGUGGAAAAUGUUUCGCCGAAAAAAAAAAUCUUACUAUGCAUCAACGAAUUCACACAGGAGAAAAACCAUUUUCAUGUUCAGAAUGUGGAAAAUGUUUCACACACAAAAAAGGUCUUACUACACAUCUCGGAAUCCACACAGACGAGAAGCCGUAUUCAUGUUCAGAAUGUGGGAAAUGUGUUACCAAUAAAUCAAGUCUUAAUUAUCAUAAAAGAAUUCACACAGGAGAGAAGCCAUAUUCAUGUUCAGAAUGUGGCAAAUGUUUCACACACAAAAAAGGUCUUACUACACAUCUCAGAAUCCACACAGGAGAGAAGCCGUAUUCAUGUUCAGAAUGUGGGAAAUGUGUUACCAAUAAAUCAAGUCUUAAUUAUCAUAAAAGAAUUCACACAGGAGAGAUGCCAUAUUCAUGUUCAGAAUGUGGGAAAUCUGUUACCAGUAAAUCAAGUCUUGAUUAUCAUAAAAUAAUACACAAAGGAGAGAAGCCAAAUUCAUGUUCAGAGUGUGGUAAAUGUUUUUCAAAAAAAUCAUAUCUGGUUGCUCAUCAGAGAAUUCACACAGGAGAGAAGCCAUAUUCAUGUUCCGAAUGUGGGAAAUGUUUUAACCACAAAUCAAGUCUUGAUCAUCACAAAAGAAUUCACACAGGAGAGAAGCCAUAUUCAUGUUCAGAAUGUGGGAAAUGUUUUAACCACAAAUCAAGUCUUGAUCUUCACAAAAGAAUUCACACAGGAGAGAAGCCUUAUUCAUGUUCAGAAUGUGGAAAAUGUUUCAAAGAAAAAACAAGUCUUACUAUACAUCAACGAAUUCACACAGGAGAAAAACCUUUUUCAUGUUCAGAAUGUGGAAAAUGUUUCGCAGAAAAAAAAAGUCUUACUAAACAUAAACGAAUUCACACAGGAGAAAAACCAUUUUCAUGUUCAGAAUGUGGAAAAUGUUUUAGCCAGAAAUCAACCCUUGAUCAACAUAAGAGAUUACACACAGGAGAGAAGCCGUAUUCAUGUUCAGAAUGUGGGAAAUGUUUUAGACAUAAAUCAAACUUUUUAAAACAUGAGAAAAUUCACAAAGGAGGAAGCCGUAUUCAUGUUCUGAGUGUAUGAAAGGUUUUAUUAAGAAAUCACAUCUUGAUUAGCAUAAAAUAAUUCAUACAGGAGAGAAGCCAUAUUCAUGUUCAGAAUGUGGGAAAAGUUUCACAGAAAAAAAAUAUCUUUCUACACAUUUGAGAAUUCACACAGGAGAGAGAACAUUUUUAUGUUCAGAAUGUGGGAAAUGCUUUGUCAGGAAAUUAAAUCUUAAUCAACAUAAGAGAAUUCACACAGGAGAGAAGCCGUAUUCAUGUUCAGUUUUGAGGUAAAUGUUUUACAGAUAGAUCAUAUCAGGUUGCACAUCAGUGAAUUCACACAGCCAUAUUCACGUUCAGAAUGUGGGAGAUACUAUAACCGAAAAUCCAGGACUUGAUCAACAUAAAAUAAUUCACACAGGAGAGAGGCCUAUAUUCAUGUUCAAAGUGUGGUAAAUGCUUUAACCAGAAAUCAAGUCUUGAUCCACACAAGAUAGUUCACACAGAAGAGAAACCAUUUUCAUGAUCAGAAUGCGGGAGAUGCUUUACCAAGAAAUUUUAGUUUUGAUUGACAUAAGAGAUCCACAUAGAAGAGAAGACAUGUUGAUGUUUUG